CCCGCCCUGCUUCCGUAGUCCCUCCAUCCACCCGCAAUUUGCCAAGGAAUCCAUCCUCCCACCACAGCCAACUCCGCUGUAUAAAUACCCCUCGCGUCUCCCGGCUUUCGACUCAUCCUUUGCCCCUUGUGCUACACAUCUCACCACUUCUUUUUCUUGUCUGCUAACAUCUCCUGCGUUCUUGCUUUUGCUUGUGAGCUAUGGCCAGCCUCACCGAUCUCGUUAACCUCAACCUCAGCGACUGCACCGACAAGAUCAUCGUCGAGUACAUCUGGGUUGGAGGAUCCGGCAUAGACCUCAGGAGCAAAGCAAGAACGGUGAAAGGCCCCGUCACCGAUGCGAGCCAGCUGCCCAAGUGGAACUACGACGGCUCCAGCACCGGACAGGCUCCUGGAGAGGACAGCGAAGUCAUCCUCUACCCUCAAGCCAUUUUCAAGGACCCGUUCAGGAAGGGCGACAACAUCCUUGUGAUGUGCGACUGCUACACGCCACAAGGAGUGCCAAUCCCCACGAACAAGAGGUACAAUGCUGCCAAGAUCUUCAGCCACCCUGAUGUCGCAGCUGAGGUGCCAUGGUACGGUAUUGAGCAGGAGUACACUCUCCUUCAGAAGGAUGUGAGCUGGCCCCUUGGCUGGCCUGUUGGUGGCUACCCUGGUCCUCAGGGACCAUACUACUGUGCUGCCGGCGCCGAUAAGGCCUUUGGGCGCGACGUCGUUGACGCCCACUACAAGGCCUGCCUCUACGCCGGGAUCAACAUCAGUGGCAUCAACGGGGAAGUCAUGCCUGGCCAGUGGGAGUUCCAAGUUGGCCCGUCCGUUGGGAUCGAUGCUGCUGACCAGAUAUGGGUUGCCCGCUACAUUCUUGAGAGGAUCACUGAGAUGGCCGGAGUUGUGCUCUCCCUCGACCCCAAGCCGAUCAAGGGUGACUGGAAUGGUGCUGGUGCUCACACCAACUACAGUACCAAGUCGAUGAGGGAGCCUGGGGGCUACGAGGUGAUCAAGAAGGCGAUCGAGAAGCUCGGGAAGAGGCACCAGGAGCACAUCGCCGCCUACGGCGAUGGCAACGAGCGCCGCCUCACCGGCCGCCACGAGACCGCCGACAUCAACACCUUCAAAUGGGGCGUGGCGAACCGCGGCGCGUCCAUCCGCGUGGGCCGUGACACGGAGAAGGAGGGCAAGGGCUACUUCGAGGACCGCAGGCCGGCCUCCAACAUGGACCCCUACGUCGUCACCGGCAUGAUCGCCGAGACCACCCUCCUGUGGAAGGGAAACUAAUCACGCGACAGUCUCCGCACAACGUCUGCUGCACGCAUCCACCGUGGUGUCAGUUGCAUUUCGAUUUCCAUUCCGAAUUCGGUUUCUUCGCGUCGACAAGGUCUUUGAUAGUCCGUUUUGGAGCGUCCUCGAUGUACUCUGAAUAAUGGCUGUAACGGAUUUGCUUUUGCCUUAGGUAUGGCCGUCCUUUCUGCAUCGUUUUGUCGUUUAUGGAAAAGCAUUGUCGGUUUGUUCUGUUGCA